GAAACGGGCGACUACAAUUUUUAAAUGUUCUCAGUGGUGCAGUGAAUUGAAGAAUCGAAUACGCCAUGAACGAAACGAAGGGAAUCGUGCACAAUGCCAGCGAUCUGCUGUUACUAGGGGCCGAGGUUGGGAACGUGCCGCUCAAGGAAAUCGCCCAACGAUCGCUCAGCAGCCUCCGCCACCAGCAAAGUGAUAUCGAGUUGUACGAGUUUCUUUUCGGGAAUGUUAUAACUCUCUUCGAACCCAAAGAGUUUGAAGAUGAAGUUUCCGCGUUGGUUCUUCCAGAGCUAGUUCGCUUCGUUGAUAAGAUCCAGAACGAACUGCAAAUCAACGCGCUAUCCUACUUCUUUGUGGAGAACCUAACGAUGCUGCAGCGAUUGGCGGAUGUGUUGGGCAAGCUGAUCGAUUAUCUGCUGGCCCAGACCGAAUCAUGCCGGCUGUAUCGCUCACUCAUCGUUUUUCCCGAAUAUCUUCUACGGUGUUACACGAUCGUUCGCAAGAGUUAUGUCUCGAUGGCGCAUGAAGCGGAGGUGCUGGAAGCGAUGAAAGCAUUGUACAGUGUUUGCAAGAAGAUUCUCACGGCAUUUCUUGAAUUGUUGUGUCCACGCGAUGCCUCUAAUCGCACCGCUGGUGUUAGCUACUUUCGGACGAUCGAUCAUGACGAGGAGCGAGAAUGUCUUGAGAAAGUGUGUACCGUGCUGGCGAGUGUUGGCAAUGAAAUUAGUCCGAUCGACUCACUGCUGGCCAGUGAUGUGUGGAAGAGCAUCGUCAGGCUGUGCACCGAGCACGCGGAGGGGCAACCGUGCGCCGACAACCGACCAACCGGAUGGUUCGGGAACAUUGUGUUGAUAUUGAACACCGGCGUUGAAGCUUCGUUUCAAGAGCUGCAAAGCAAGAACGAAGCCUCUAAGCAGGCUACGAUUGCGCUGAAGCUGAAUGCUUUCUGUCUGCGAGUGAUGCUCAAGUUGCUAACGUUGUCCAGGCAACGGGCCGGCUCGGAUGUGUACCAAACCGUCAUCGGAACGCUACUGCGGAUCAAAACGUGCCUUCGCUCAAAGACACUUGCCGGGGAGUUGGCCAUAGGCAUCGAACAGUACCUGCACGUAAGCUACAUGGCCAUCGUGGAAAGCUCUCUGCGCACGGAUAGCUUUGCUAAGGCGUUGGUGAAUUGCGAGUGCAACUCGAUCGAUGAUUGUCAGUCGUAUUUCAAUCUCGUGAUGCACAUCAUCGAACAGAUCGUCACUUACUCCAACGACAACGGCCUAGUGUUGCGCUACUGCGUCGAAAACAACUUACUCCAGCACAUCGCCAAGACAAUCGAUCUUUCCGGCAAUCUACUGCUCACCGGUGGUACCCUCUAUCGUCAGCUUCUCGUGCACUGUUCCGCGUUGGUUCUGAUCGGGUUUCGGUUACGGAACCGAACGGCUCAACGGGCGAUCGAGGAAACACUAGUAGGCAUGGUGCUUCAGGAACGAUACUGUACCGCACUGCUCGGUAUCGAUCUGUGGUCCGUGUUGGUGCGCUAUCACUCCACUCAGCUACUGUACGCCUACUUUGUGUUUUGGAUGCGAGUGAACAAUGAGUAUGCACCAUCGAGAACCCGACCAGAGCACGUGUACGUUGGUACACUAUUGCGCAAUCUGUACGUUUUUCUACCAGGUGCCCAGAAGGAGAAACUGCUCACUAGUUACCCGGUUCGAAACAGUGAAAAUGAUCGUCUGUGGGUCACCGUAGGACUCCCUAGUGCAGAUGAGCUUAUGGUGUAUUCGCAGCAACCUCUAGCUUGCGUGAAAGAACGGUUACAGACACGGCUCAAACAAUUACAACAACCAGCCCAACACGUUCCAAACCGUGUUGAUGCUGUUUACGAAAUGAUUAAUCUGCUUUCGAUGGCCAAGCGGCAAGAGGGGACAGCAAACAUGACUACAGAGUGGAGCUCGUUAUUCGUUUGGGAAAAGGUUCUUUCAAAUCCCAGCAAAGCUAUGGCCAGAAUGCUGGAGUGCCUCGAAGGGUCUCAGGUUCCUCUCGACAACAUUUUGCGCCGAUGUAGCUCGUCGGCAGUCAGCAGAAGCAGUACCUACGCAAAGUAUCGUAUCGUGAGGCUUCUAAAGCGGGCCAACACCCCGGCCGAAGCAGUGUGCGAAGCCUUACUCAACGAUAAGGAACCCUUGAUAACAGCCGAAGCAUUCCACUUGUUGCGCAAAAUGAAUUCUAAAAGACAACCGGCAGCGAUGGCGUUAAUUGCAAAGGAGCCAGCACUUCAAUCACGGUUAUCGGGUCUGCAAAAGAAUAUAACUGCAUUCCAGCCUGUACUGCCCGUGGAACCUUUUAUGGUAGCUGUACAGCACCGCUGUGAACCUGUAAAUGCGGUGGAAUCGCCAGGAGAUAUGACGCUUAUCAUUAACAGUAAAAUAGACGAACUGUUUCCCGACGAUGACGAUGAUGAGGAUGUUGAUGGGAUCGAUUUCGAUGCGUUGGCUGAAAACGUUUCCCCGAAAAGGCGCAAACUGGACCCGAGUAAAUCAGCGAAUCGUAUCCUAGAUGAGCUAGAAGCACAGAGUGAAGAGUUAGCGAAACAUACUGGAACUCACAAGCUAGAGAUAACCGAGCGAGCGCGAUUGACUAGGAUAAUGACAAAGAUGAAGCACCUUCUAGAAAACUGAAGGUCGGGAGUGUAAAUGUUCAAAAUGAGUGCCGGUAUUUAUGAUAAGCAUUGUUUGUUUCGGGAUAGCUCUAAGGCCGAUAAUCGCUCUGAUAAAAUUUUAACCAACCAA